CAUUUUCACCAUUAGGUUGAUGCUGGAACUGGAAGUUUCAUGCUUAAAAAAUAAAGAUAAAUCGGGAGUGAAGAAUACACGGUGAAUAUACCUGCUCUCCUGUAACAAAUACGAAAUUCAAUAGGGAAAACCAAAGCGUCCCUUGCGGAUAUGCUCACCAAGAUGCUUUGAAACAAAAGAUGAUCAAAGCAUACGUAAUAUCAUAUCUAGAUGCUUUGUUCAAUUUCGUCACACUUGGAUGUAAUUCAUUCAACACCCAGAUUUCCAGUGUCAGACUCCCUCUUUCUAAGACAUUGAUUGCUUGAUUGGUAUCCAUCUUACUCUUAUCUUAUGAGGAGAUUGGUCUCUAACUUAAUCUGGAGCGCUUGUUUUUAUCAGAGGUCAGAUAUCAGAAAUGGGUUUCAUCAGAGAUGCAUUUUUAAUGCUGGUGUCAUCAGUAGUGAUCGUGGGUGUGGCCCAAGGUGUAACACUGGAGGCAUUUCCAAAUAUACUGAACACUUCUGGAGAUAACGUCACUCUGCAAUGGGAAGGCAUUUCUUCUCCCUCGGACUUAGACUGGGUGGGUAUUUAUUCCCCUGCUAAUUCUGCAGAUGAUCAUUUCAUAGGUUACAUUUUUCUCUCCUCAUGCCCAAAUUGGAAAAAGGGUUCUUGUUCCAUAAAUCUUCCCCUCAUCAACCUCAGGUCUCCUUAUGAGUUCAGAAUAUUCCAUUGGGACAGGUCCCAGAUUACAAAUACCACUCCAGUGGACUCAGAUCAUAAUCCUCUGCCCUCCACUGCCAAUCUACUGGCCAGAAGUCAGGCUGUCACGUUCCAGAACCUGAACCAUCCAGCUCAGAUCCACUUGGCAUUUACUUCCAAUGAAGAUGAGAUGCGUGUCAUGUUUAUCACCAAGGAUAAUUUCAAGAGCUAUGUGAAAUAUGGGCUUGAAGAGGAAGAGCUGCAUGAGAUGGCAGAGGCUUUGUCCAUCACUUAUAAGCAAUCUGAUAUGUGUGAUGCACCUGCUAAUACUAGCUUGGGAUGGAGGGAUCCGGGUUACAUUCAUGAUGCUGUCCUGCAAAGAUUGGAGCCAGGGAGGCGCUAUUAUUAUCAGGUUGGAAGCGAUCAAAGCGGUUGGAGUUCGAUUCAGAGUUUUAUAUCUCGAGACAAAGAUUCAGAUGAAACCGUUGCCUUCCUCUUUGGUGACUUGGGAACAUCGGUUCCGUAUAGAACUUUUCUGUGGACCCAAGAGGAGAGCAAGCUUACGGUCAAAUGGCUAAAACGUGACAUAGAAGAACUUGGGGAUAAGACUGCAUUUAUUUCACAUAUUGGUGACAUCAGCUAUGCCAGAGGUUAUGGAUGGUUAUGGGAUUUCUUCUUUACUCAGAUUGAGCCUCUUGCAUCCAAGGUCCCAUUUCAUGUUUGUAUAGGAAAUCAUGAAUAUGAUUGGCCAUUACAACCAUGGAAACCUGAAUGGGCAAGCCUACUUUAUGGGACAGAUGGGGGUGGUGAAUGUGGGGUGCCUUACAGCCUCAAGUUUCAUAUGCCUGGUAAUUCUUCCCUUCCCACUGGAACUGCUGCUCCACCCACCAAAAAUCUCUACUAUUCAUUUGACUUGGGAGUUGUACAUUUCUUAUAUAUAUCCACUGAAACAAAUUUCUUACGUGGAAGUGAUCAGUAUGCCUUCAUAGAUCAAGACUUGAAGAAUGUUGACAGAAGUAAGACUCCUUUUGUAGUUGUUCAAGGUCACCGCCCCAUGUAUACCACUGACAAUGGACUUACAGAUGCCCCCCUACGCCAAAAGAUGAUUGAGCACGUAGAACCUCUUUUAGUAGAGUAUAAAGUCAAUCUUGUCUUAUGGGGUCAUGUUCACAAGUAUGAGAGAUUUUGUCCAAUGAAAAACAUGUCAUGUGGAACCCUAGACAAUGGUGCCGAUCUUCCAGUGCAUGUUGUGAUUGGAAUGGGAGGGCAAGAUUGGCAACCAAUUUGGGAGCCUAGGCCCGACCAUCCCACAGAUCCAAUCUUCCCACAACCUGCUAGGUCUCUUUACAGAAGCAUCGAGUUUGGUUAUACAAGACUUUAUGCAACUAGGGAAGCAUUGACACUUUCUUACAUUGGUAAUCAUGAUGGACAGGUCCAUGAUGUUUUAGAAAUACGUCUAAAGGAUAGUGAAAAGCUUUCUCAAAUUGGAUUUGGUUUUUGAAGCAAAGCUCCUUAUUCCUGGUGGGAACUUAAUUUGUAUUAAUUGUUGGGUAUCUAUUUUGCUCCAAAAAAUGAAAAAGUAAAUGGAAGUAAUUUGUAAUCAUAACAUUGUUUUGCAGUGGGGGUCUAGAUAUUGAUUUACAAAAGCUGAUUUACUAUUUUCUUUGAGCUUUUUUUUAAU